GGUGGGACGUGGGGCAGGAACAUUCUGGACACCAUUGGGAAGGGACAGAGUGAUGGCAGGGCUGAAGACGGCGAGUGGGGAGGACAUUGACGGCUCCUUCGAGCUGCAGGUGGAGGUGGAGGAGGGAGAUGUCAUGGGGCAGGGAGAUGCCAUGGGGCAGGGAGAUGUUGUGGGGCAGCCCAGCCCCCCAGCAGCUCUCCGCAUCCUUGCCCUCCGUGUCACCGGGGACCUGCACAUUGGUGGCCUCAUGCGCCUCAUCGUGGAGACCAUUGGGGAGACCCGGGACUGGUCGGACCACGCGCUGUGGUGGGUGCAGCAGCGGCGGUGGCUGCUGCCCCCCGGGCCCCCCCUGGACGCCCUGGGCGUCGGGGGGGGCUCCCGGCUCCGCUUUGCCCCCCGGCACCGCCCGCUGCGGCUGCGGCUCCCGGGCGAGCGCGUCCUGCGGCUGCACCUCAACUUCGCCAGGACCCCCGGGCGGGGGGUGGCGCGGGUCUGCGGUCUGCUCGGCCCCUCCCCCUGCGCUGCCCCCCCGAGCAGCUCCGGGCCCUGGUGGCCCCCCGGGGGGGGGAGGGACCCCCCCACCUUCCCCCGGACCCGGCGCGGGAACCUCCUCCUGCGGCGCGCGCAGCUGCACGCGCGGUGGCUGGACGCCUCGCGGUCCCUGAUGGAGCAGGACGUGGUGGACGACGAGGAGCUGCUUCUGCGCUUCAAGUACCCCUGUGCCAUGGGGCUGGACCCCCAGGAGGGCGGGCUGCGCAUUGCGCUGCUGCAUGAGCAGGCACGCGGGGCCCUCCUGGCCGAGGAGAUCGACUGCACCGAGGAGGAGAUGCUGCUCUUUGCUGCCCUCCAGUACCAGAUAGAUGGGGCAGAGGGGGGUGAUGGGGACCCCAAGGGCCCCCUUGAGCCCCAGGACCUGGACACAGCCCUGGACAAACUGGAGCUAAGCCUGGAGGGGCAAGGGACCACCAUGCUGCCAGAGGAGCUUGGAGCUGCCCCUGAGCUGGUGGAGGAGCUGGAGAUCUACAGGUCCUCCCGCUGGCCGUUCUGGGGGUCCCGACCUGCCCGGGCCGUGCUCUCGGGGUCAUCACUGUCACUCUGGAGCCUCCCGAGAUCGGGGGGGCCCCCACAGCAGCUCAACCUCCGUGGCUGUGAGGUGACCCCCGACAUGGAUUUGGGGGCGCAGAAAUUUUGCAUCAAACUGCGGGUGCCGACACCGGAGGGGAUGAGCGAGACCCUCCUGCGCUGCCGUGAUGCCCCCCAGUAUGCCCGUUGGGUUGCCGGGUGCCGCUUGGCCUCGCGUGGGGAGUCCCUGUUGGCCACAUCGCUCGGGGCGGAGGCUCAGGGGGUCCUGGGGUCCAGCCAGGGAGGGAAGAUCCCACUGUGCCUCCCUGGGCCCUCUCACGCCCACCCCCAGAUCCACAGCAGCUGCUGCCCCCCCCGAUUCCAGCGCAAGUUCAAGGCCAAGCAGCUCACCCCGCGGCUGCUGGAGGUUCUGCACCGUGUGGGGACACUGACCCCAGGCCAGGCCCGGCUGCGCUUCGUGGAGGCCUGGAGAGCCCUGCCGGGGUUUGGGCUGGGGCACUUCGUGGUGAGGUUCCAGGGUGCCAGGUGUGAUGAGAUUUUGGCUGUGGGCCCCUCACAGCUGCUCCGGAUCGAUCCUGGCUCUGGCGCCAUCACCCGCAGCUGGAGGCACAGUGACCUGCGCCAGUGGGACAUCAACUGGGACAGCCAGCAGGUGCGGCUGUGGCUGACUGGGGACGUGACGCUGGGGCUGCGGGUGCUCUCGGCAGCCCCCCGGGUGCUGCACCAGUUCCUGGGGGGGUAUCUGGUGCUAGGGGGGCAGCGGCCAGGGCAGCCCCCAGACCCUGAUGUGCUCAGGCGGCUGAUGGAAGGGGGGGAUGACCCCUGACACCCCCAAGCCCCGUGCAAGAGCGGCCUCAUGCAAAUGCCGCCAUCCCACUGUUGGCACCAGCCUCAACUCCCCCAAUCCCUGUUCCUCCCACAGCACUUGUGCACCCUCCCUCCCUCCUCCUGCUGUGCAAGGCACUUGUGCAAGGCUUGUGCAACACUGAUGUGAUGGAGCUGAAUGUGCUCACUGUGCUCAACACAAUGGUGGUGGCUGUUGGGCCUCACAGGCAAGGGGGUCACAGUCCAUCCUCGUGGCAGGGGCUCUCACUGUCCUUGUGCAAAAGGUUUGGACUCCCCCCAGUCCUCAUGGAAGAGAGUCACAUCCCAUCCUCGUUGUGACAAGGCCACAACUCUCAGUCCUCAUAUGAGGGGUCUGGACCCCCACAAUCCUCAGGGGCUCUCAUCUCACUGUCCUUGUACAAUGGGAUCCCACUGCCCCUCCUGGACUCCCUGGACCACCAAAUCACCCCAGGGCACCAACUCUCCUCCUGGGCUCC